AUGGUUCGGACUAUCGAGCUGUAUAAUGAUGAAUUUUACGUCCGUAUGGACAGGGCUACCGGGGCUGUUUUGGAGAUCACUGAUCCUCGCGCCAAAAUCCCGAUGAACUGGAUCAGCUCUCCGGCCAACGCCCCGUGGCAGCCUCUGGGUAGUCGCUGGGGACUAGGAUUCGCAGACCUCGGCGCCAAUCUUCUCCAUCGUCUUUUUUGGAACAGCCCUCAGAUUGAUCCCUCGAGCAGCCGUGAUAUCAUGGCCGUAACUUAUCACGCUGGGCCAUUGGAACUCAUUGUCCACCGACAUCUCGACGGACGGAAGCGGUGCUUAACUGAGUCUUACGAGUUCCGGAAUCGAGGUACUUAUCCGCUCAAUCUUUCCUCACGAGGAGAAACCUCAUUUGCAAUAUACACACCCUUCAACGACCACUAUACCAAUACUACCGAUGCACUUCAUUCCCGUACACAUGCUCACAUUUGGGCCAACGGCGGAAGCUCAGCAUGGGUCAAACUCAGUCAGAUGGGGGGGCGCGGACGGAAUCUUGGUCUUGUACUUACGAAGGGAUCGCUGUCUGGCUACAGCAUCGAGUCUCGGGAUGAAAUAACUCAUUCCAACACUCGAGGGGUGUUCUUGCUUCAUCCUUCUGUCCCAGUUCUCGAGCCUGGUCAGUCAAACACUAUCGAGUGGACCUUGUUCUGGCACAGUGAUUGGGAGGACUUCUUCGCUCAGUGCGCCCGUCGAUCGGGCCAGUUCAUUUAUUUCGACAUUCCAAGGCAUACGCUCGUUUCUGGUGACGCCGUCAAGAUCCGGAUGCGAGGCAGUGCUACUGCUAUCAACUCUACGACGACGGUAAACGGCCAGAGUGUGGAACAGGAAGGUUCGACAUUCACUUUUAUUCAUCAUGCCGGAGACAUGGGUCAGAAGACUCUCUGCAUUGCUACCGGCCAGGAUGGUGAAAAGAAUGAGUCAUAUGUGUUUCUCAACACUGUUCCACGAUGUGACGACCUCAUCGAGAGUCGAAUCAAGUUCAUUGUGGAGAAACAGCAAGUCAAGGAUGUUGAUGAUCUUCUUUACGGUGCCUACGUCGUUUAUGACAACCAAGCCGAAGCAUCGCCUUUUUACGAGACGCACCAGGACCGCAAUGCUGGACGCGAACGUGUUGGUAUGGGCGUCCUCAUUGGUCGCUGGCUGAAGAAGAAGCCAGAUGGCAAGCUGAGGGACUCUUUCACAGCCUACUAUUCAUUUGUGUGCACAAAGCUUCAAGCGGAGAACGGAUUUGUCUUCGACGCCCCAAAUGGAACUGGUACCUACAUCAACAAGCGCCUCUACAACUGGCCGUGGGUCCUGCAGCUUCAUCUUGUCGCCGCGGCCAUCGGAAUCCCGGCUCUAUAUGACAAGUCCCCUAUUACCAGAUUCAUGGAAACACUAGAGAAUUUCUAUGAAGAAGGUGGCGCAUCACUCUAUGCCAUCGGCUUGCCAAUUCUUGAGAGCCUCCGAAUGCUCCAAGCAUUGGGUAUGGAGGUAGCUUAUCAGCGGGCUAAAAGCCUUUACAUCUCCCACGGCCAGAACAUUGUGAAACGAGGAACGGACUAUCCCCCAUUCGAAGUCAAUUUUGAGCAGUCCAUCGUAGCACCAGCAGCAAUUAUACUCCUUGAGCUCUAUAGGGCGACAGGUGAUAAGACAUGGCUUGCAGCUGCCGGGUUGCAAAUGGAGGUUCUCCUCCGCUUUGCCGGAAAGCAGCCAGACUAUCGAGUCCACGACGUCGCCAUUCGUCAUUGGGACGGUCACUGGUUCGGGAAAGACCGUACAUGGGGAGACACAUUUCCACACUAUUGGAGUACGCUGAACGCCAUCGCUCUACAUCACUUCAGCAUUUCAACUGGAGACCUCUCCUAUGGGAAGCAAUCUGAUGGUGUUCUUCAAGCCAACCUGUCCCUUUUCACACCUGAAGGCAGAGCGUCUUGUGCAUGGAUUUACCCUCGGUCCGUGAACGGUCGACUAGCUCAUUACAAAGACCCUUAUGCCAAUGACCAAGAUUGGGCAUUGGCGCAUCUUUUGCAGAUCGAAGAUGACACUUUAUGGGUCGAGCAACAUGACACACGCCUGAUAACAUAG